AAAUACAUGGUACUGUUAUCCGGAGAAUUAUUACUACAUGAAACAGUCGAAUCCUAUGGAACGUCAAGUUUCCAUUGCAAGACACGUCAUCAUUUGACAGGCGAAUAUUCGGUUAGCACUACUUCCGGGAAAAUUGUCGUGACAGAACCACAUACUUCCACAUUACCCAGAGUGACGUUUAACUUAUCUCAACUUCGAGUAACUCAAGGAGAAACAGCGCAGCUUCCAUGUGUAGCACAAAGCUAUCCUGCACCAACCUAUAAAUGGAUGAAAGAAGUCAGAUCCACCUUAAGUCAAAUAGUAGAAGGGAAACGUAUUUGGAUAUCUCAUGGAGUCUUGACAAUUAAAAAAACAAAAAUGGAAGACAGCGGAAAAUUCGUUUGUAUUGUCAAAAAUAGCGCCGGUGAAAACAGAGCUGAAACUAAUCUCAUUGUCUCUGCUCCUCUAACGGCAUACAUUUAUCCUUCGAUGCUCGUUAUCGAUAUCGGCAGACAAGCCACAUUUAACUGCACAGUAACAGGUUAUCCCAUCCAUACGGUAGUUUGGAAAAAGGACGAGAAACUUCUAUCCCCUAGUUCUAGGAUAAAAUUUCCAACUAAAAACAUAUUACAUAUAGAAGCAGUGAGUAGAGAUGACAAAGGAAUGUAUCAAUGUUUUGUUUAUAGUGAUCAAGAUUCCGCUCAAGCAACGGCAGAACUUAGUAUUGGAGGCACGUAA